GCUGGAGGGGCCCAGCCGGAGGGACCCGGGUCAGGCGCGGGGUCGGGCGCCGUUCGCGUCCCCAGACAGCGCCGUGCGGCCUCGCUAGCGGCAGGAGCGGUACCGGAGCGGCUGCCGGGACAGCCCCGUGUGCCCAGGGCCGGUCGGUCCGCGCUCCCUCCCGUGUCCGGCCGCUCCCGGCUCUCGGAGCAGCCCGGCUCCCCACCGGCCGGUCCUGCCUGCGAGCGGGGAGCGGAGCUCUGCGGCCUUUCCUACCCGUGUGUAGCCGGUCUGGCUAGCGGAGAACAGCCGCGGAACCGGCCCCGGGCAGUGCCGGGGCGGCAGGACGGGCUCCCGGGACGGGCUGGACGCAGCAGGAGUUGUCCCGUCCCCGUGCCGUGCUGGAGCCGCAGCCGAUCCCCAGGCGGGUCGGGCAGAGCUGGGUUCUGAUCCAGAGCAGAUGCCCUUUCCCACAGGAUUUUUGGGGCAGAGCCAUUCCCGACGCUGCGUUCUGGAUCCAAACGGGGCUCGUGGGCUGCAGCUCUUCUGAAGGCUUUGUUCUGUCACAAGGUUUCCCAAACUGGAAGGAGAAGCCUGGCACUGGUGACCUCCUGAGGCAAUUCCUGGGUGUGGGAUGGAGCGGUGGAGCAGGGCAGACCCCCAGCUCCGAGAGGUCGUGUGGUUCUCCCUGCGCUGCCGGGCCCUGGCGCUGCUGCUGCAGGCCGUGUUUAACCUGCUGAUCCCGGACCACGCUGCUGAUGCCUUCUCUCCACCACGGCUGGGCCCACGGGGCCCAUGGGACACGCUGGUGGAGCGGCUGCUGGGCGGGCUGGGCCGCUGGGAUGCCGAGCAUUUCCUGUUCAUCGCCGAGCACGGCUACCUGCUGGAGCACAACUGCGCCUUCCUGCCGCUCUUCCCGCUGGGGCUGCGGCUCCUGGCCGGCCUGCUGCCAUGGCCGGUGCAGCUGCAGCCCCGCAGCCGGCUGCUGCUGGUGGCCACGCUGCUGAACGCGCUGCUGUCGGCGCUGGCGGCCGCGGCCCUGCUGGCACUAGGCCGGGCCGUGCUGCGGCGGCCGCGCCUGGCCUUCAUGGCCGCGCUGCUCUUCUCCGUCAGCCCGGCCGGCGUGUUCCUGGCCGCUGCCUACUCAGAGAGUGCCUUCGCCUUGCUGGCCUUCGGCGCCAUGUGGCAGCUGGAGAAGGGGCACAGCUGGCUCAGCGGGCUGCUCUUCGCCCUGGCUUCUGCGGCCCGGGCCAACGGGCUGAUUAAUGCUGGCUUCGUGCUCUACUCGCGCGGCAGGCGCUUUGCGCUGCAGCUGCAGGGGGAAUUGGCAUUCCCCGUGUUGUGGAAGCGGGCCCUUAGCCUGGCAUCUUCAGCAGCCCUGCUGUGUGCCGCAAUUUUCCUGCCUUUUGCGGUGUUUCAGUACUAUGCCUACAUGAGGUUCUGCGAGCCUGGCACGGGGCUGGGCCAGACCAUUCCCAAGCCGCUGCUGCAGCUGGCACGGGACAAGGGCUAUCGUGUGGCAGGCGUGGCUGGGGCUAAACCCCCUUGGUGCUCCCAGCACUUCCCUCUGGUUUAUUCCUAUAUCCAAGACACUUACUGGAACGUGGGCUUUCUAAGGUACUUUGAGCUCAGACAGAUCCCAAAUUUCUUGCUUGCUCUGCCUGUCACCCUUCUGGGCUCAUGGGCUGCCUGGACCUACGUCAGCACAAACCCCCGGCACUGCCUGACUCUUGGCCUAGAGAGGAGUAAGAGUGAAGAGAGGGGGAAGGCAAGAGAUGGAUUCUGUGGCCCUGCUGUCUUCGUGUACGUGGUCCACAGCACGGCCCUGCUGGCUUUCGGGUUCUGCUGCAUGCACGUGCAGGUGCUGACCCGCUUCCUUGGCUCCUCCUCUCCCAUCCUGUACUGGUUUCCAGCUCACCUGCUUCAGGAACACGAACCUUUACUCUGGAGCACAGGAACUGAUAAGCCAGCCUCUGGGAAGUCUCUUCUGGUUAAAUCUCCCAGUUCCUGUGGGAAAGGGACCUCGGACAACCCCGUUGUGAGGCUGCUGCUGAACUGGCAAUCAAUUACCCCCCUCAGCAAGAGCAUCCUGGGGUUCUUCCUGGGCUACUGGCUGCUGGGGCUGAUCCUGCACUGCAACUUCCUCCCGUGGACGUAGCGGGCUGUGCUGGCGGGACAGGAGCUCUGCUCAGAACUGAAACUCACCUGCUCUGAAAGCCUGAGGUGGCUGUGGUGACGCUGUCGUUGCAGUUACAAAGGCGUUACUCCUCAGUUACCAUGUCCCAGGUGGGAUGUUCUCUGUGGCGUGGUGCUGCAGCAUCCUGCCCCGCUCAACCGGCAUUGCUGACAGGCAAAGUUCCCAUCCCCUGCCUGGGAUGGGGGCAUUGCUGACAGGCAAAGUUCCCAUCCCCUGCCUGGGAUGGGGAAUGCACCUCGGUUCCUGCCUCUCCUGGGGGAGUUUACAGCAGGCACGGAUUUGUGGCAGGAUGGAUUUGGGGAUUCCCUGGGAUGUGUUGUGGGCACGGCAGGAGGGCAGGGAGGGUCCAGCUGCUCUGUGCUGCUCAGACUGUCCCGCUUCUUUUUCCAUGGAGCCAGGCUGGGCAGGGACACGGCGGGGGUGGCGGGCGCUGCGUGGGCACAUGCACGACCCCAAUAAACACGUGAAAGUUACCGGA